AUGGAGCAAAGACAGUCCCCCCUCGAAACCCCAACCUCCAACUUCCCCACCAACCCCUCAGAAUUCGAUUCCGACGACCGCAUCUCCUUCUCCAAGCUCGACGCCAAAUUCCUCCUCGUGCAAGACGACGGCACCGAAUACGAAUUCGACGAUGCUAUCCACCGCUGGAUCCCCGUGCUCGACGAAGCCCUGGCAGAAGAACAGCAGAAAGCCUACCGCGUCUCCGGCGUCGACGAGAACGAACCCGUGGAAGCCAUGAAGAAAAAACGCAAGAAGGAAUACGUCAAUGGCGAAGAAGACGAAGGCGGGCGCGCAGUCAAAAACCCCAAGAAAGCGAAAGCGAAAACUCCCCUGCCGCCGCGCGCAAAUACGGCGAUUUACGUUACGGGCCUGCCGCUAGAUGUCAGCAUAGAGGAAGUGCGGGAUGUGUUUUCCCGGAAAUGCGGUGUCAUUGCAGAGGAAAUCGAUAGUGGGAAACCGCGGAUAAAACUCUAUACGAACGAGCAAGGGGAGUUCAAGGGCGAUGCGCUGGUAGUGUUCUUCAAGGCGCCGUCGGUGGAUAUGGCGAUUAUGCUACUGGACGACACGGAAUUCCGGAUGGGCGAAGGAGAGAAAAUGAGAGUCCAGGCCGCGGAAUCGAGUUAUAAAAAAGUGCAGCAUAACGACGUAGGACAUGCGCAGACCGAGAAGGCGAAGACUAGUAUGAGGGAUAAGCAGAAGAUCAUCAAGAAAACGCAGAAGCUUGAUGCGCGCCUCGCGGAUUGGAGUGAUGACGAGGUAUCGAGUAUUGUAGAAACCAGCUCACGAUGGGAUAAAGUAGUUAUUCUGAAGCACAUGUUCACGCUCGAGGAAUUAGCUGAGGACUCAGCCGCCAUACUGGACAUCAAGGAAGAUAUACGUGAGGAGUGCAGCAAACUUGGGGAAGUCACGAAUGUCGUUCUAUUUGAUUUAGAAAAAGACGGCAUUGCGAGCGUCAGGUUUACCAAUGGAGAGGCAGCGAAAGCGUGCGUGGGCGUUAUGAACGGCAGGAAAUUUGCGGGCCAGGAGGUUGAGGCGUAUAUUUCGGAUGGGAAGGAGCAAUUUAAGAAGUCGAAGAAGAAAGAUGAUGAUAACGAGGGCGACGGGAAGUCUCCCGAGGAAUCAUGA